GGGAACUGCCCUCUAGGGAGACGUUCCCUGCCUGGGCUCUCCUUAUGUCAGGGACCAAGUUACCCUGACAGCAGGAAGAUGGUCAUUAACAACGGUAAUGUCUUCAGUGUUCGCUUCUUCCAAACCACGGCUGUGUGCAAGAAUGAUGUGAUUACGGUCCAAACCCCAGCGUUUGCAGAGUCCGUCACAGAGGGAGAUGUCAGGUGGGAGAAAGCUGUUGGAGAUGCAGUUGCAGAAGAUGAAGUGGUGUGUGAGAUUGAGACAGACAAGACUUCUGUGCAGGUUCCAUCACCAGCAAAUGGCAUCAUUGAAGCUCUUUUGGUACCUGAUGGGGGCAAAGUUGAAGGAGGAACUCCUCUGUUCACACUCAGGAAAACUGGUGCUGCUCCUGCUAAGGCCAAACCAGCUGAAGCUCCUGCUGCAGCCCCCAAAGCAAAGCCUGAAGCACCGGGAGCCCCUCCUCCCCCUGCAGCACCUGUGCCCACUCAAAUGCCACCAGCGCCCUCACCCUCACAACUUUCUUCUAGCAAACCAGUGUCUGCAAUAAAACCCACUGCUGCCCCUCCAUUGGCCGAACCAGGAACUGCCAAAGGUCUGCGUUCAGAGCAUCGGGAAAAAAUGAACAGGAUGCGGCAGCGCAUUGCUCAGCGGCUGAAGGAAGCCCAGAAUACAUGUGCAAUGCUGACGACUUUUAAUGAGAUUGACAUGAG